AAACGACAUCAAGUUUGCACUCGUUCGUCAGUUUUCAUCUCACAAGAAUCAUCAUCUUUGUUUGUCCUCACCGACAGGAAGUUGAAUUGUUUCAAAAUACUCGUAUCUGCUGGUAUCAGUUUCUUCUAGAACAACAUCGACAGCCAAGAUGUCUUCUGAUUCUGUCGGUGAGCCUCCUAAGCGUGCCACUGCCGCCUCAGUAGUCGGCGGCGUACGAAAUGCCCGUCGAACACGAGCAAGUGGAGCUUCUACGUCAUCCGGCGGUGGCGCAGCUGGUGUUAUGACCUGACAGCUUUAUCAUUUUCAUAGAGACAACCUUUUUAUAUUUAAGUAUCUAUACGAUUACGUAUUCUGCUUCUUACAUCUACAAGAGGGAGCCUCCCGGAGGCUUCUAAUCUGAAAAAUUACUAGAUGAAAUCUGCAGCAACUACCUGAUGAUCAAGAAUGGUCUUCGCAAAUUAAUAUCUUCAUAAUUCGAAAAUCGAUCAUUAGAUUCAGAUUCACAAGAAGCUCUUCUUGCUCUUCAAUAUUCUCUAAUCCCUCUGGAGCCUCAUCCGGCUCCCUCAUUAGUGGCACUGCAGCGCGGUCGUCCCAAUCCGUUAUGAAAGUUUGGUCUGACGAUGGUAUGGGGCCUAAGAUUCCACCCCAAGCUUUCUUAGCCCUAGUCGGCGCCUUCCUGGUCAUGAUCGUCAGUUUGCAUAUGGUCACACGAUUUUCGAAGAUCAGUGGAUAAGGAUGCGGUGAGCAAAGGCGUGACGAGGAAGAAGAUGGAAGGCGUUUUCGUCUAUAGAUGUUGAUCCUCAUGUUGUAAUAUAUGUGACAUCUUCGAGAUAAACAAGGUAGAAGUAUAACUUGAAUAGACUGCAACUACUUAAACUCUGGAAGACUUUGCAAGAAAACUAUGGCAAGAUGAAUAGGUGACAGUUGCUUGACGUCUUUCAUCCAAAUUCUCGGCGUGCAGUCUUCUUGUAAAACAGCGUGUGUAGAAGUAGUUGCCCCCACCCCCAUCCGCUCGUGAAGCAAUGGCCACAUUUCGGUGCAUGGUGUAGUUCAUUGUUUCCGUUUCUGUAUCCCCCGUUUCUAUUUGACGCAACAGCAAUGGCGGACGGAGGUUGUUGAAGUGUACUCAUCAUGUGGAGUUGGUCCACCGUGUUCUCCGUUCUUCCUCGGAAUUCGUCUCAACAGAACAAAACUGCACCAAUCCAAGCGAACAGAAUGAACUUCCUUGUGAAUCUGAAUUUCCGGUCAUUCUCAUUGCAGCUGAAUGUGAAUGUAGUCAUGUGAAAAAAUACGCUCUGAAUGUGAAUCGGAUGAACUAGAAGAUACCAGUUUGAUGCUGUCCUUGAUCUUGACUGACGCUGAGGCUAGCUCAAUUUCAGUUUGCAUGUAGAAGUCAAAGCAGAA